GAGUCUCCUCUCGGACUUUCCGAUACACUACAAGAGAAGGAACGCCAGCCAAAACGUUAAAUUUUUCUUCUUUUCUUCCUCAAGGCCUCAAGCCCUCAACUGCGCUUUCGAAUUUCUCUUGCUUCUUCUCGGCCCCCUCUCGCAAUGCCAUAGCUUUGUAUUUUCGAACCUUGAAUACAGAAUUGAUCGGAGAAAAAUGGCAGAAAAUCCGUCGUCUUCCCCAAUGCCUAUUCAAUCGGCGAAUGUGAUUGAUUCAAUUCAUCAAAACCCUUCAAACCCAAAUCUCCCUUCUCCGUCGAACUUCUCUCCUUCUCCUUCGAUGGAAAUUUCACAAAUUUCAUCACCUCAGCUUCCGCUAACCCAAACUGUUUCUGCUGCUGCAGCCGGUGUUGUUCAAUCCCCAUUAACCCCAUCACAACAGCAGAUUAUUAGCCCUGGAGUUGGAUUAGAUUACCAGCAGAAACAACAACAGCAACUGCAGCAGCAGAAUUUGGUUUCCCCUUCGAAUUUUCAAAUCCAGCAGAGUCUGCAGAGAUCAACAUCGAUGUCACGGAUGAAUCAGAUUCAGCAGCAGCAGCAACUUGGUGCGGCUGCUAAUGGGAUGCGAUCACAAGCGGGAAUUUAUGGGCAGAUGAAUUUUGGUGGUUCACACCUUCAACAGCAGCAGAUGAGUAGUGGCGGUUUGUCGCGGUCGGCGUUGAUUGGGCAGGGCUCUCAGGUUAGUGGUCAGCUGCCCAUGCUGUCAGGACAAGCUGCGGCGGCAGCGGCUGCUCAGUACAAUUUGCAGCCGCAGUUACUCCCGCAGACGAGGCAGAAGACAGGUUUAGUCCAAGGAUCCCAAUUUCAUUCAGGUAGUAAUCCUGGUCACCCAUUGCAAGGAAUGCAAGCAGUGGGAAUGAUGGGAUCACUUGGUCUGAGUUCACAGCUAAGAGCAAAUGGGUCUCUUUCCUAUGCUCAACAGCGGAUGAACCAAGGGCAAAUGAGGCCUCAACAAUUGUCACAACAAACUUUGCUUACCUCUCCUCAGAAGCUACAGGCUCAAAGCCUUCCAAGAACAUCCUCACUUGCAUCCAUGAACCCACAAUUAUCUGGAUUGGGUCAAAAUGGGCAACCGGCUGCGAUGCAAAAUACCUUAUCGCAGCAGCAGUGGUUGAAGCAAAUGCAACCAUCAGUUUCUGCUCCAGGCUCUCCUUCGUACCAUCUACAGCAACAGCAGAGACAGCAGGCUUUCCUGCAGCAACAAUUUGCUUCAUCACCGCAAAUGCUCCAAAAAUCUAUGGCUUUGAACCCACAACAAAUAUCUCAACUAAUUCAGCAGCCGCCACAGCUGGGCACACAGCAGCUGCAGCAGCAACUACAACAACCACAGUCACAACCGCAGCCACAGCCACAACCACAGCCACAGCCACAGCCACAGUCACACCAACACCUACAACAACCUUUGCAACAGCAGCAUCACUCUCCAAGGAUGUCAGGACCCACUGUCCAGAAAUCGUUUAGUUUGACUGGAUCACAGCCUGAUACUCCCGCAUCUGGUACAACAACACCAGGAGGGAGUUCAAGCCAUGGAACAGAAGCAAGCAAUCAACUUCUCGGAAAGAGAAAAAUACAGGAUCUGGUUUCACAGGUGGAUCCACGGGGGAAGUUGGAACCUGAAGUCGAAGACCUUCUUCUAGAGAUGGCAGAUGACUUCAUUGAUUCGGUUACAACAUUUGCAUGCAAUCUGGCAAAACAUAGGAAAUCUUCAAUACUAGAAUCCAAGGAUUUAUUGCUGCAUUUGGAAAAAAAUUGGCAUUUGGCAAUUCCAGGGUUUUCGAGUGAGGAGAAGUUCCACAAGAAAUCUUUGCCAUGGGAUCCCCACAAGAAGCGCCUUGAGAUGAUGCGAGCAGUUACGGAAUCCUCACAACCUGAAAUGAAUGCAAGUAAUGCUAGAGACAUGAACAGACUCGGUGUUAGCAAUCCUGUUGUUGUUAACCAUCCGAUUAGAUUGUCCCCUGGUUCAGACCAUUUGGUUUCAAAAUCCAUCAGUUCUUCAAUACUGCAGCAAGUUCCUCGGUAUUGAUGGCUACAUCAUCUUCACUUUAUGGAGCUUAUUGGUAAGCAUCCUUAACUUAUAACUGAGAACUACUGGCUCAUUUCCUUGGGUCUAUUAAUGACAGCUAGUUCUAAUAGAUGGAUGUACAAUCUAUAAAUAAAUUUUCAAGCAUGCUAUGCAGUUAAUGAGGGAUAGUAUCUUAGGAUAUUAGGACGGUUAUAUUUCUUUAGGGUAAGUCUUCUACUUUGAAGAACAACCAAUGAGG